AUGAAAUCUCAGCGCGACUCACCCAGUCCCUCAGUUCACUCUCAUCAACCCCCUCUCACCCCUACUUACAUUACUCCUCGCACCGCCCCAAAGCCACCCACAUCUCCUUCACCCUUCAAACUUCCCUCCCUCUUCCGCAAGCGAACCAGGGCUGUCUCUAUCCAUUCCGCUGCUUCUACUACAACUUCCUCCAGCGACAAUCACCCCUCUCACCCUUACUCUUCCCUACACAUGCCUCCCAUCCCCGUCGUUUCUAGUCACAGCGUCCUCGACGACGACGACGAAUGUCCUGUCUGCCUCGAACCUUUGAGCUUCAGCUUCCGUCUUCCAGGUGAGAAGCCACACAUAGUCCCAGAGUGUGGCCACGCUUUGCAUGAGGCAUGCUUCACCGCUGUUUAUGGCCCACCCCCCAGCCAAGGGCGCGCGCUUCCUCGCAAAUCCAAUCUCGGUGUCUGCGGUGUAUGCAGGCGGCCCAUGAAGGUCGGCGAUGGAGAUGGAGGGAAAUCAAAUAAUCGCCGAUCAGAACUUGCUGCGCUUACGGGGAUGGGUGACAGUCGAGCCGCCCCAAUGUACCCAGGACGCGAUACACCCACCAGUCGUGCUCGCCAACCUGCUCCCAGUCCUUACGAUCCUAACGAAGACGAUCCCUUGGACCACACUGGUUCAGUAAAAUCUACACCCCAAAAUGAUCACUCUCAAUACAUUGUCACUCCUUCAAUCCAAGUUCGUCCAGAGUUUUCGUCGCUAACUCGGACGACCGACGUCAGCCAACCUUUAACCUGCAUUAUCGUCAUCGAGCUACCCGGGAAACGUGCUGCCAACACCGUUCCUGGCCCUGUACUGCCCGAUAACUUCAGUUCUAGAAAUGGACAAUCAAGCCACGUGCGACAAACCAACUCUGGACACUCUAGCCCGCGCCCAGAUAGCAUUCCCCGACAUCGCCAAGAUUCCUCUCCUCGCGACUAUCAAAAUCACCAAUUGGCCCCAUCUCACGAUACCAAUCAAUUGGGUGGCUCUCAAAGUCAUGAUUCACAACAAUCCUAUUUCCCCCCCAACACUCUCAUCCAUUCUGAAGAGAAUUCGCCGUUCAGCUCAAUUACAGAAGACCUUCGAAAUCGCAUCAUAGACUGGAAAGGCCACCCACUUUCGGACCUUGGUCCUCUCCAAAUGUACGAUUUGCUGUCGGUCCGGCGAGACUCUGCCAUACGGGAGUUUUACGUUUAUUUGUUUAAAGAGGCCAUUAUCUGUGUUUCUGAAGAGAAGAAACGCGGACUAGGUCGUCUCCUCUCCAAUGCGUCUGGUCUGAGUGAUGUAGGCUCAAUGGCAUCAAGUGGCCAAUCGAAAGGUGUUUUGCGCCUCAAGGGACGCAUUUACGUUCGACAUAUCAAAAAUGUCACUGCUACUUCCGCCGCUGGAGAAAUGAGCCUCACCAUCGACAUGGAGGACGAGCUUGCCUCGUUUAUUCUUAUCUUCAAAGAACGAUCUUCAUUGGAGUCAUGGAAGACCAAUAUUCAAGCCUUGGUCAACAUGUUUCAGAUGCAAAAUGGUAUUCCUCCUCCAGCACAACAGCCACAACGACCUUUGGACAUGGAGGAGUUUGGAGGGAGCGCCAAGGCAAUGAGAAUGUUGAGCGGCAGUACCCAAACGACGGUUAGUACUGUGGAUAGUUUGCUCAAUGGGUCUUCAAGAUCGACGCUCUCCUCCUCCACUUCGCACGGCUCAAUGAUGCCUUCCCGAACUCAGAUUUACAACAACAAACUCACUACCCUAGGCGAAGACGACGAGUUGAGCUCAUACGAAUCGUCAACUAAUCUGGUGUCACCGUACACAUCCAGUGGGCCGUCCAACUCACUCACACCACUCCCGCAUCCACCUGUGGAUUUGAUACUAAUAAUAUCCCUCCCACCUCCCUCUGCGGUGCCAAGCACGGCUCAACUCAAAAUUCGAGUGAUCAAAACAACGCUUGAUUUCCUUGUAGCCUCCCUCGCCAAGAAAGAUCGGCUGAGUCUUGUGACUUUCGAAGUCGGUAAUGCAGGUCGAGUGAGGAAGACUCCUUUCUUGAACCUUGGCAAGGCACAGAGCCGUCAGCGGCUUGACAAGUUUAUUGAUGAGCUUGGACUCCGGUUGGAGGAGAAUCAGGAUGAGUUUUUGGUUAGGGGUUCAAAAGACGAGAAGACGGAUGUUGUGACGGCUGUUAACCAUGGUCUGGAUGUCGUUCUGCAGAGAAAGGCUCGUAACCCGAUUUCGGGCAUGAUUUUGGUCAGCGACGCCUCGGACAGCACGCGUCGCGCACAAAUGGACCUGGUUCUUGCUCGCGCAGAGGCUGCCAACGUCCCUAUCCACUCCUUUGGCUACGGGCGGUCACAUGACCCCGCUUCGCUGUGGCUCAUGUCCAAUCACACGAGCGGAACGUAUACAUUCGUCAAGGACUGGUAUGAUCUUAGGGAUUGUGUCGCGGGCUGUGUUGGUGGGAUGAUGUCCAUUGGGCUCCUCAACAUGAAGCUCCACAUGAAAAUCGUCGAUGGCCGUCGCUUCAGGAUACGCAAGGUUUCGGGAGGACCGUCUUCUAUCCUGGCUUCUGAUGGGCAGAAUGUCGAUGUGGACAUUGGCGAACUUCGAUAUGGAGAACGCAAGGAAAUGCUUAUUGAACUCGAGCUCGACAAUACGGAUGCACAGAAGAUGUCACAGAUGCGGAAUAACCAAGAACGCGCGAUGAAUGCGACGGAUCAGUUCGUGCAGAGUAUGGGUCUUGAUGCGCUUGCUAUCGACGAUGCGGACUUUACUGAUGGUAUGAUGGAUCGGAUGAUUGACGAAGUGCCUGUGGUCGAGGUUGACGGAUCGUUCUUUGAUCCUAGUGCUUCCAAGCAUGUAUCACGGUUAGCUCACCCUGUUCUCCUCACCAUCACUCUCCUCCCUAUGUCAACCUCCUCACCCCGGCCUCCGUCUACCGUCUCGGACCCUGUCAUUGUCCGUCGGCGAAUGGAGCUUCUCGCGUCUGAUAUGAUUACGAGAGCCUUGGUUCUUGUAUCAAGACGCAACUUCCCACAAGCUCAGAAAAUUAUGGGCGAGACGAAGCGGAUUUUGCACACGGUUCUUCAGACGAUAUCGCGGUCGUUACCGCCGCCGAAUAAUGGUAGUGGAUCUGUGCGUAACCGCAAGGAGAUUUUGACGCUCUCUGCUGUGCGUGCGAUGCAAUCCAUCCUUCAGGAUUUGCAGAUCCUUUCGGAGGCGUUGGAAGAUAAUGUUGAACUUUUUGCACAUGAUCAAAGGAAUUUUGGUGCUCAACAGGCGAUGAUCCUCCGUGAUCAAAAGAGCUGGAGUGGUAGAAGUGCGACUGAGCGUCUAUUCUGGACGACAGAUAACUCGAUUGAGCUGGUCUCGCGAAGUAAUGACUGGGUUGCACGAGAGUGA